AUGGGGAAUGAGAGCAAUACAUCUGUCGACAAUGGUAUACCUAAAUCAUACAGAGAUGCAUUGCUGUCAAUAUACACUAUUGUGCUCAUUGGAGGGACCAUCAGCAUGUCCCUCAUGAUCAACAUCAUCAAGUCCAACGUCCGCUCGGUGACCACUACAGCUGUUCUGAACCUGAUCGUGGUCCACUUCCUCUUCCUCCUGACCGUGCCCUUUCGCCUUUAUUUCUACGUUGCCGGCAAGUGGCAUCUUGGUCCUAACUACUGCAAGGUGGUCAGUGCCAUGAUCCACGCCCACAUGUACUUAGCCUUCGUCUUCUACGCGAUCAUUCUGGUGAUCCACUACCUGAGUUUCUUCAGGAGGUCCAGGCAGGUGGAGUUCUACAGGAGGCUUCAUGCCCUGGGGGCCAGUGCUGCUGUCUGGGCCCUCAUGCUCAUUGUGGUGGUCCCUUUGACUGCUGUGAAGUAUGGAUCAUCUACAGAUAAUAACACAACAACCAAUGACGACCAGUGCUUCAAUUUCGGAAGGAUCUUUGAUGAGAAACAUACUGUGGCUGUGCUGAACUACAUCCUCUGUGCUCUCAUCAUCGUGGUUACAUUGGCCCCGGCCUGUUGCCAAGUGUUGAUUUUGGGCUGUGUGUACAGAACUCACAAGGCGAUGAUCUUCUCUCAACAGGAGUUUUGGGCUCAGAUCAAAAGUCUUUGCUUUAUGCUGGUCAUUAUAGUAUGCUUUAAUCCAUACAAUGCAUUCAGGAUUUACUAUGUGAGUAAUUAUGAUGUCAGUCUCCAAGUGAAGAUUUGGCGAGGGUUCCCUCAGAAGUGGGUGAUAGCACGGGAACAGGUGGAUUGGGUGCACUCGCCACUCCCUGAGGUGGAACCGGAGCGCUGGGCAUAUUAUGCAGAGUUUGGAGCACUUCCUGCAUGGCGGCGUUCAACUGGGCAAGCUGCUGGUGCUGGUCGAGGCACUGGGAAACUCCUGCUGCAUCCAUUUCCGUGAGUGGUGUGUAAUUCUGUGACGAGUACUGAGUAUACGAAGAGGCAGGACGCAGACGCAGGAAUUAACAAGGUAAAGGUUUACUUAACAAUGAGAAAGAGAAUCACAAAGAGCGAGUAAACAACAUGACGCUAACAAUUACACACAACAAUGAACGAACAGUCCAGUGCUACAUAGUGGUGGUGAUGAGAUGAUGAGGUGCAGGUGCGCUGGAGGUGAUUAGGGUGCGUUGGUUUUCCAUUCCUGUGUUUGCCGAGGUGGUGCGCUCAGACCGGUGGCUCAGUACACCGGCGAAUCAGAGCACCGGAGUGGAGCAACGGGAGGAGAUGUGACACCAUGCAUCUUAUUAUGUGACUUGUUAAGUACAUCUUUACUUCUGAAUUUAUUUAGGCUUGCCAUAAUAAAAGGAUUGAAUGCUUAAUUAAUUUGUAAACAUUUCUAAAAACAUAAUUCCACUUCGACAUUAUGUGUCACGCCCUGACCUUGAGAGCCCUGUUUUUCUCUAGUUGGUUUGGUCAGGGUGUGAAUUCUAGAUUUUGUAUUUCAAUGUUGGCCGGGUGUGGUUCCCAAUCAGAGGCAGCUGUCGAUCGUUGUCUCUGAUUGGGGAUCAUACUUAGGCAGCCAUUUUGCCUACCUUAGUUGUGGGAUCUUGUUUCUGUUUUGGCUUGUGGUUGGGUAGCCUGUUGAACUUCACGGUCGUUUGUAUUUUGUUGUUUUGAUCUGUAUUCAGUUAAUAAAGGAAUAUGUACGCAUACCACGCUGCACCUUGGUCUGAUCCGUCUAUCAACGAGCGUGACAGAAGAUCCCACAACCAACGGACCAAGCAGCGUGGCCAGGAAGAGCAGACAUCUUGGACAUGGGAGGAUAUUUUGGACGGUAAGGGAUCCUGGACUUGGGAAGAAAUCCAGGCAGGAAUGGAUCGCCUCUCAUGGGAGCAGACGGAGGCAGCGAGGGAGGAUAAACGGUGACUCCGAAGUUCACGACGACGAAGGAAGCCCGAGAGGCAGCCCCAAUAAAACAAUUUUUUUGGGGGCACACGGGGUGGUUGGUGAAGCAGCAGGAGGCCCUGAAAGGGCUGACUGUGGAGGAGGAGGAGGAGGCCGCUAUGAUAGAGGCUCUCCAAGACCUGCAGCUCAGCACUCUGAGAGAGGAGACCACCACCUUAUGGGGGAUGUUAGCUAAGAGAGAGCAGGGGAUCUCCCUUCAGAGGGAGGCGUUGCAGGAGGCCCACAGGGAGGAGUCAGUGGAUGCACUGAGAGAGGAGCUGGCCAGGCAACAGGAGGAGCUGAGAGAGGAGUUAACCCUCUUGCAGCAGAGAGCUCAGUCCUUAGAGCAGAGGCUGGCGGAGUCAGGUUUCAGAGUAGAGCCAACUCCCGCACUCGCGUUAAGGAGCGUGGAACCGUUCAGGCACCCUGUUAUGCUGUGAUACACACUAUCUCCAGUGCGCAUUCACAGCCUGGUGCGCUUGGUGCCCGCGCCCCGCACUUGCCGGGCUAAAGUGAGUGUCCAGCCAAGACGGGUUGUGCCUGCUCCUCGCACCAAACCAGUGGUGCGUGUCUCCAGUCCGGUAUGGCCCGUGCCUGCUCCUCGCACCAGACCAGUGGUGCGUGUCUCCAGUCCGGUACGGCCCGUGCCUGCUCCUCGCACCAGACCAGUGGUGCGUGUCCACAGCCCGGUACGGCCCGUUCCAGCGCCACGCACCCGACCUCCAGCGAGGGUCCUCUGCUCCACCCCGGUGCCAGAGCAGUCCGCUCCACCGGUGCCUAGUCCAGCUCUGGUCAGUGGCUCCACUCCAGUGCCAGAUUAGUCAGUUUCACCGGUGCCCAGUUCAGCUCCGGUUAGCUGCUCACUCCUGUGCUGGAGCAGUCCGCUCCACCGGUGUCUAGUCCAGCUCCGGUUAUCUGCUCUUCCCCCAUGCCGAAGCCAUCCGCUCCACCGGGGUCCGAGCCGGAACCAGACGUCAACCCCUCUCCAGGGUCGGGGUCUCCCCUCCCACACCAGGGUCCAGACAGGGCUUGGUGCAUCGCGGAAGGACUGCCGGGCCGGAACCAGAUGUCGGCCCCUCUCCGGGGUCGAGGGCUCUCACACCAGGGUCCAGACAGGGCUUGGUGCAUCGCAGGAGGACUGCCGGGCCGGAACCAGAUGUCGGCCCCUCUCCGGGGUCGAGGGCUCCCACACCAGGGUCCAGACAGGGCUUGGUGCAUCGCGGGAGGACUGCUGGGCCGGGACCAGGCGUCAGCUCCUCUCCAGGGUCGAGGGCUCCCACACCAGGGUCCGGACAGGGCUUGGUGCAUCGUGGAAGGACUGAGAGGGGAAGCAUCGCGCCGGGGUCCAGACCGGACCGGGUGUGCAACGGGGAGGCAGGAAGGGAGAAGAGGUUAAUACCGACGUCGCGCCCGAAGCCGGAGCCGCCUCCAAGGCUAGAUGCCCACCCGGACCCUCCCCUAAUGAGUCAGGUUGGUGCCGGAGUACGCACCAUUUGGUUUGGUCAGGGUGUGAAUUCUAAAUUUUGUAUUUCUAUGUUGGCCGGGUGUGGUUCCCAAUCAGAGGCAGCUGUCGAUCGUUGUCUCUGAUUGGGGAUCAUACUUAGGCAGCCAUUUUGCCUACCUUAGUUGUGGGAUCUUGUUUCUGUUUUGGCUUGUGGUUGUGUAGCCUGUUGAACUUCUCGUUUGUAUUGUGUUGUAUCUGUAUUCAGUUAAUAAAGGAAUAUGUACGCAUACCACGCUGCACCGUCUAUCAACGAGCGUGACAUUAUGGGGUAUUGUGUGUAGAUCAGUGACACAACAUUCCAUUUUUAUUUUUUAUUUUAUUCAGGCCAUAACACAACAGAAUGUGGAAAAAGUCUAGGGGUGUGAAUACUUUCUGAAGGCAUAGCUACUUCAAUUACCUCGUACCCCUGCACAUCUACUCGGGACUGGUACUCCCUGUAUAUAACCAUGUUAUUUUUACUCGUUAUUGUUAUUCAUUAUUCACUGUGUACUUAUUCCUUGUGUCACUUUUUAUUUUGUGUUUUUUUUUAUCUUUAACUCUGUAUUGUUGGUCUACACCUGUUGUUCACGAAGCAUGUGACAAGAAAAUGUGAUUUGAUUUUAAUCUAGGGUUAGGGUUGUGGUUAAGGGUUGAACCGGGAUGUGGACAUAAAGCUAGGGUUUGAGUUGUAGUUGAGGCUAGGGUUAGGGUGAACUGGAAUGUGGACAUAAAGCUAGGGUUAGUGUUGGGGUUGAAGCUAGGGUUAAGGUGUACCUGAAUCUGGACAUAAAGAUAGGGUUAGGGUUGUGGUUGAAUUGUGAAAAUAAGGAUUCCUCUCUCAGAUUUUUGCCAUUUCACUUUCAAAUAAAAUAAAAUAACAUUGUAUUUGCCACAUGCGCCGAAUACAACAGGUGUAGACAUUACCGUGAAAUGCUUACUUACAGCCCUUAACCAACAAUGCAUUUAUUUCUUAAUAAAAAAUUAAAAUACAACAACAACAAAAGUGUUGAGAAAAAAAGAGCAGAAGUAAAAUAAAAUAACAGUAGGGAAGCUUUAUAUACAGGGGGGUACCGGUGCAGAGUCAAUGUGCGGGGGCACCGGCUAGUUGAGAUAGUUGAGGUAAUAUGUACAUGUGGGUAGAGUUAAAGUGACAAUGCAUAAAUAAUUAACAGAGUAGCAGCGUAAAAAGAUGGGGAGGGGGUGCAAAUAGUCCGGGUAGCCAUGAUUAGCUGUUCAGGAGUCUUAUGGCUUGGGGGUAGAAGCUGUUGAGAAGCCUUUUGGACCUAGACUUGGCGCUCCGGUACCGCAUGCCGUGCGGUAGCAGAGAGAACAGUCUAUGACUAGGGUGGCUGGAGUCUUUGACAAUUUUGAGGGCCUUCCUCUGACACCGCCUGGUAAAGAGGUCCUGGAUGGCAGGAAGCUUGGCCCCAGUGAUGUACUGGGCCGUACGCACUACCCUCUGUAGUGCCUUGCGGUCGGAGGCCGAGCAGUUGCCAUACCAGGUGGUGAUGCAACCAGUCAGGAUGCUCUCGAUGGUGCAGCUAUAGAACUUUUUGAGGAUCUGAGGACCCAUGCCAAAUCUUUUCAGUCUCCAGAGGGGGAAUAGGCUUUGUCGUGCCCUCUUCGUGACUGUCUUGGUGUGUUUGGACCAUGAUAGUUCGUUGGUGAUGUGGACACCAAGGAACUUGAAGCGCUCAUCCUGUGCCACUACAGCCCCGUCAAUGAGAAUGGGGGCGUGCUCAGUCCUCUUUUUUUUCCUGUAGUCCACAAUCAUCUCCUUUGUCUUGGUCAAGUUGAGGGAGAGGUUGUUAUCCUGGCACCACACGGCCAGGUCUCUGACCUCCUCCCUAUAGGCUGUCUCAUCGUUGUCGGUGAUCAGGCCUACCACUGUUGUGUCGUCGGCAAACUUAAUGAUGGUGUUGGAGUCGUGCCUGGCCAUGCAGUCAUGGGUGAACAGGGAGUACAGGAGGGGUCUGAGCAUGCACCCCUGAGGGGCCCCCGUGUUGAGGAUCAGCGUGGCAGAUGUGUUGUUACCUACCCUUACCACCUGGAAGGCCCGUCAGGAAGUCCAGGAUCCAGUUGCAGAGGGAGGUGUUUAGUCCCAGGAUCCUUAGCUUAGUGAUGAGCUUUGAGGGCACUAUGGUGUUGAACGCUGAGCUGUAGUCAAUUAAUAGCAUUCUCACGUACAGUUGAAGUCGGAAGUUUACAUACACUUAGGUUGGAGUCAUUAAAACUCAUUUUUCAACCACUCCACACAUUUCUUGUUAACAAAUUAUAGUUUUGGCAAGUCGGUUAGGACAUCUACUUUGUGCAUGACACAAGUAAUUUUUCCAACAAUUGUUUACAGACAGAUUAUUUCACUUAUAAUUCACUGUAUCACAAUUCCAGUGUCUCAGAAGUUUACAUACACUAAGUUGACUGUGUCUUUAAACAGCUUGGAAAAUACCAGAAAAUGAUGUUAUGGCUUUAGAAGCUUCUGAUAGGCUAAUUGACAUAAUUUGAGUCAAUUGGAGGCCUACCUUCAAACACAAUGCCUCUUUGCUUGACAUCAUGGGAAAAUCCAAAGAAAUCAGCCAAGACCUCAGAAAACAAAUUGUAGACCCCCACAAGUCUGGUUUAUCCUUGGGAGCAAUUUCCAAACGCCUGAAGGAACCACGUUUAUCUGUACAAACAAUAGCAUGCAAGUAUAAACACCAUGGGACCACGUAGACAUCAUACCGCUCAGGAAGGAGACACGUUCUGUCUCCUAGAGACAAACAUACUUUGGUGCGAAAAGUGCAAAUCAAUCCCAGAACAACAGCAAAGGACCUUGUGAAGAUGCUGUAGGAAACAGGUACAAAAGUAUCUAUAUCCACAGUAAAACGAGUCCUAUAUCGACAUAACCAGAAAGGCCGCUCAGCAAGGAAGAAGCCACUGCUCCAAAAUCGCCAUAAAAGAGCCAGACUAUGGUUUGCAACUGCAUAUGGGGACAAAGAUCGUACUUUUUGGAGAAAUGUCCUCUGGUCUGAUGAAACAAAAAUAGAACUGUUCGGCCAUAACGACCAUCGCAAAUGGGUCUUCCAAAUGGACAAUGACCCCAAGUAUACUUCCAAAGUUGUGGCAAAAUGGCUUAAGGACAACAAAGUCAAGGUAUUGGAGUGGCCAUCACAAAGCCCUGACCUCAAUCCUAUAGAAAAUGUGUGGGCAGAACUGAAAAAGCGGUGCGAGCAAGGAGGCCUACAAACCUGACUCAGUUACACCAGCUCUGUCAGGAGGAAUGGGCCAAAAUUCACCCAACUUAUUGUGGGAAGCUUGUGGAAGGCUACCCGAAACGUUUGACCCAAGUUGAACAAUUGAAAGGCAAUGCUACCAAAUACUAAUUGAGUGUAUGUAAACUUCUGACCCACUGGGAAUGUGAUGAAAGAAACAAAAGCUGAAAUAAAUAAUUCUCUCUACUAUUAUUCUGACAUUUCACAUUCUUAAAAUAAAGUGGUGAUCCUAACUGACCUAAGACAGGGCAUUUUUACUAGGAUUAAAUGUCAGGAAUUGUGAAAAACUGAGUUUAAAUGUAUUUGGCUAAGGUGUAUGUAAACAUCCGACUUUAACCGUAGGUGUUCCUCUUGUUCAGGUGGGAAAGGGCAGUGUGGAGUGCAAUAGAGAUUGCAUUAUCUGUGGAUCUGUUGGGGCAGUAUGUCAAUUGGAGUGUGUCUAGGGUUUCUGGGAUAAUGGUGUUGAUGUGAGCCAUGACCAGCCUUUAAAAGGUAAAACAAAGGAAUCAGGAAGUGUUUGGGGCUCCCCCAAGCCUGACAGUGUAGAAAGGUGACUUCCUUGUUUUAGUAAUCUAUUUCACAUCAAGAAAGGGUUGUGACAUACGCCUCCUAUAAUUCAGACGAGUUAUCAGUGUUAUGAGCUACAAGGCAUGUUGAGCACCUUCUCAGAAGAUUUACUUCAUUCAGAUUCUGCAUCCUCCGCCUCUCAAUUACAGGUCCAUUACUGUAGCAUUGACAUUAUAUAAACUAAAAAGGAAUGACUGUAAACCCUAUCUUUGGUAUUCAGCCAAUAGUUACUUUGAUGUCUCACCUGUCAAUACUAGGAUGUAUUUGGUUAUAAUUCUGCCUAGAUAAUGAUGUACUUCACUAUCAAUUUCAUAUCAAACAAAGAUAUGGGAUCUCCACACAUACUGUAGUAUUGGCCACAAGCCACACGCAGAAAAAACAUUCUGAGUCAAUAAUUAUCCAGCUGUACCACCUGACAGGUCGUAUCUGCAUUCCAAUGGCUCUGCUGGAGAGGCCAGUUCUAAGGUGUGUGUGCAGCAAGUGAAUACUGAAACGGACAACCUUAUGUUAGGUCAAAGGUAUGACUAUGUUUUUCUCUAAUUUCUUGCUUCAGAAGAGGGUCAAGUGAAUUUGUGGUUUUAUUUAAUCAGAUCUUUUCUGUUUUAUUCAAUUCUCAUGUAUUCCCUUAGCCAGUUUAUUUUAGUGAGAUUUUCAGACGUCUGAGAUCAUGACUAUUAAUCACGUUUGUCAGUGCUGUUUAGUUAUGUACAGAUUCUAUGAGUAUUAUAUAUCAGUAUCCAUUUUCUAUACAGUUGCCUACUAUUUCCAAACUGUACAAUUGACACACUUUUACUCCCACAGCCUCGUAACUUCUACAUUUAAUGUAGGUCAUUUAGCAGACGCUCUUAUCCAGUGACAUACAGUUGGUGAAUUCAACUAAGGCAAGACGACCACGGCCACCUAACCUAACCUAACAUUGAAUUUAUAAGCAUACUGUAUGUAUCUAAAUAAUAGUGUUACAUGUCUUAUUUCAAAUACUCCUUAUUUCACAUUUCAGGACACCAAGGGGAGAGGAUGGGGAAUGAGAGCAAUACAUCUGUCGACAAUGGCAUACCUAAAUCAUACAGAGAUGCAUUGCUGUCAAUAUACACUAUUGUGCUCAUUGGAGGGACCAUCAGCAUGUCCCUCAUGAUCAACAUCAUCAAGUCCAACGUCCGCUCGGUGACCACUACAGCUGUUCUGAACCUGAUCGUGGUCCACUUCCUCUUCCUCCUGACCGUGCCCUUUCGCCUUUAUUUCUACGUUGCCGGCAAGUGGCAUCUUGGUCCUAACUUCUGCAAGGUGGUCAGUGCCAUGAUCCACGCCCACAUGUACUUAGCCUUCGUCUUCUACGUGAUCAUUCUGGUGAUCCGCUACCUGAGUUUCUUCAGGAGGUCCAGGCAGGUGGAGUUCUACAGGAGGCUUCAUGCCCUGGGGGCCAGUGCUGCUGUCUGGGCCCUCAUGCUCAUUGUGGUGGUCCCUUUGACUGCUGUGAAGUAUGGAUCAUCUACAGAUAAUAACACAACAACCAAUGACGACCAGUGCUUCAAUUUCGGAAGGAUCUUUGAUGAGAAACAUACUGUGGCUGUGCUGAACUACAUCCUCUGUGCUCUCAUCAUCGUGGUUACAUUGGCCCUGGCCUGUUGCCAAGUGUGGAUUUUGGGCUGUGUGUACAGAACUCACAAGGCGAUGAUCUUCUCUCAACAGGAGUUUUGGGCUCAGAUCAAAAGUCUUUGCUUUAUGCUGGUCAUUAUAGUAUGCUUUGUUCCAUACAAUGCAUUCAGGAUUUACUAUGUGAGUAAUUAUGAUGUCAGUCUCCAAGUGAAGAAUGAGCUUGCCCUUGCUUUCACGACGUUCAGCUGCUUUGACAUGCUGACUUUUAUAGGGAGGGGGUCGUUCAGACACUGUGAUACAAUAUGUUGUGUAUCAUAAGAAUAACAUGAGAAUGUAAUUUUUCUUAAGAUAGUGUGAUGCAUAGAAUUUAAUGUGAUAGUAACAUUAGAAUAUGAUUCUAUUUGCACCUUAAUACCAAAUUAUAAAACUCUUUGAUAUACUUACUUCACAGCAAAACAGUAUCACAAGUAACAGCUACUUCAGUAUAUACAGUACCUCGUUCUAGCUGUUCCCUAAGUGGGAUACACCCUUCAGGUCAAAUCAGAAAAGUAAUGAAAACAAAUAGUGGAGCUGUGUUUAUUGUUUUUGUUGUUCUGGAACAUCAUACAAAGCAGUUACACACUCCCACCACAUGGAUGGGUUUCUACAAAUUAGCUAAACUGAUUCUGAUUUAACAGUCACCUACAGUUUGGCAUACCGUAACACAUUAGCAUAAAAUAAACAUACAGUGAAUGAUCAACCAUUUGAUGUGAAUGAUCAAAUUUUGAUAAACCAUGCAUUCUUUAUCAUAUUUUUUUACAACUACAUUUUCAAGUGAAGGAUAUACAUUUACAUUUUAGUCAUUU